AUCUUAAACUCAUAGAGACAAGAUAACAGAUACAUGGUUUUUGCAGAGCGCGAGAGCCUGUGGCAGGGCGUGUUCAUUCGCUCGUACACGUACCGGUCGCUCGUGGUGGGGUUCGGUGCGGGCACGCGCGCCACCGCCGUGCUGCAGUGGAGCGCCGCCGCCCAGCGCUACACCGUCGCCACGCCCGCGCACCAGCCCGCCGCCAACGCGCACCAUCUGCUGCACCAUCACCUCGACCAGUACAUAAACACUCACAAGGACCUGAUGUCCCUCGGCGUGGUGCUGCGGGAGACGUACGCGCCGCUGCUGGCGCUGAGCCGCCUCCCCACGCUGCCGCAGCUCGGACUGCACCACGUCCGCACACAGAUGCCGACACCUACCUUCACUUUGCUCGCUCAUUCGUGGAGAAAGAUUCGCGUGAUCUAUGCCGGAGCGUAUUCAAUUGAAGUGGGUAUUAGGGGAGGAGGAAUUGUCACUAUUCGAGACGGAUCAUACUCGAAGUUCGAUCGCGCGCCCAUCGUGGACGAGUUUGCUCCCGCACAAGGACUGAAGACAUUCUUAUCGAGAUACGUCGACGACAGCUUAAGUGCGCGUUUAGUGGCAGAAGAUGAUAAUCCACCUUCACCUAUGUCGCCAAUGCCACCUGGUGGUCUACGUUUCCCUGCGCCUCUGACUCCACCACAGCCACACACACCACACUCUGCGCCGGUAACGCCGCACCCUGCCUCGCCCGCUCAUCAGAUGGGUGGAGGGUCCUUCAACCUGACAUCUCCCCCGGGCGGCGGCGGCGGCGGUGUGGGUGCGUCUCCUGCAUCCCCCAUGGCGCCGUCACCGCACGCCGCCCCCGCCGCCUCCCCGCACCCGCCGCCCACGUCGCCUUUCACCGCGUGGCCUGCUUCGCCCUCGCUGCCGCGGCCUUCGCCCGGGCACCAUCCUUCGCCCAGGCACCACAUCGAUCACAAAGGUCCUCAGGCUAGUUCGUCGACGAGCAGUCGCAGCGGAGGUCGUGCAUGGGGCGGCGGCGCGGCCACCCCGCUGGCGGUGAGCAAGCUGGAGGCGCUGUGCACGCCGUGCGAGCCUCCCCCCGGCGCCCCGCCCGGCCCCGCGCUCGCCCCGCUGCAGCGCUUCCUUGCCUGCGUCUACAUGAAACGGACCUUGCAACGAUUCGUAAACGUUGAAGAAUUUUUGACAUUGGUCUCUGUGGACGCGACUAGCCUGACGUUCCGCAGCGACGCCGCGGGACUGUGUGCGCGCGUCGCUCUGCACCCGCAGCACAUGCAGUCCUUGCACUUGCACCUCACGCCGCUGCCAGAGAGCAAGGAGAUAUGGUCGCCCGAUGACCUGCAGAUCAUAGAAAAAUUCUUCGAGGUUCGCGUGGCGAUAGCUCCGUACCGUCCCACCGCGCUGCAGGGGUGGGUGCGGUGGUGGGGCGCGCCGGCCGCGGCGCUGACGUCGCUGGUGGCGGUGAUGCGCGCGGAGCUGGCGCCGCAGGUCCCGGCGCUGUGGGCGCUGCAGUGGGCGCUGCGCAUCCCGCCCGCCGCGCCGCCCAUCGUGCCCGCCGGACAACCGGCAGUCUUACUCGCAAAAAACAAAAUAUUAUUCUUCAUAUGUUUGACUCGAAUGGACACCCAGCUGGUGCUGCCGCUCGUGUACGACAUGCAGCUUAACGUCACCCAAUUGGCCGACAAACAAAACGCGCAGCCGCACCUGAUAGCGGUCAGCCUGCACCUGAAGCGGUUCAACGAAUUUAAUCAAUCCCAUUCGGAGUGCACCCUGUGGCCGGCGGUGCGCGACCUCGUCACCAACUUCACGCUCCCAGCGGAGGCCGGCGCCGCGCCCCCGCCCCCCUAGCCGGCGCCCCCGCCCCCGCCCGCGCCCUCCUCGCGCCGCGCCACGAGAUCCGAACCGCCCGCCGACCUCUGGCACUCACUCUUCUUGUAAACGAACUGCCGAUCGUUGCUGGAAACCCUUCCGGAGUGAUUUGUGUUGUGAGGUCUUGAGAGACGGACGCGCGGGACAGCGGGCACUCGCGAGCGCGUGUCGGUGCCGCGUGACAUUUCAGUGUCUAGUGAACUGUGUUGAACGAAGCGACAGAAUAACAAUGUGACCCUGGGAUGCCUUAUAAUUGUAAAUAUUGUUAUUUAAGUUACAAAAGUAAGCUACUCUUGAGAUAAUAAUGUGGACUUGUAUUAUUUUUUCAAGUUUAUUAAGUUAUAAUAUACUAUGCAUAAAUUAUUUCGUCUGGUCGAAGCACGUAGCGCGUUCUUGCGGUAUUUUUUCUUUGGUCGUGUACCUUAUAUGUUUUGUUGAUUGUUAUUGAAAAUCUUGUAAUUAUGUAAAUUAUUAAAGAAUAAAAACAAAAUUUAACUAAAAUAGAUUUCGUUCUGCAUUUUAUUUUUAACCGUUGUUAUUCUGGAAUUAACUUUUUUUUUCUUUAAUUUUACUCUCAUAUUUCUUGAAAAUUCAGAUGCCAAACGUCAUUCUUCCCAUGAAACUACUUGUAAGAUUUCUUGCUGACCACUAUCACGUCGCAAUCGCGUACUCUUACAAACAAAAUUAUUUGGCUUUUGUUUUGUACUAAAUGUAUUCCCUUUCUAACAUUAACUGAAAUGAAUCAUUUAAAGAGCAUUUUUAAUGACAAAUCAAAGAACCGUAAUUUAAGCAAAAUUCGUACCUAACGUGUUGCCGCGACCAAUGUACCACAGUGGUAUAUUAAGCAUAGAUAAUACACUUAAUAUGAUAGCUAGUGCGGAGGGUAGCUAGCGUGCAAGCGUAGUGUUUUCAGAUAUUACAUAGUAAUCUUAGAAAUAUUCAAUAGUAUUCACGGUUUGUUAAUAAUGGAUUGUUAAAAACCCAUCUAAGUGUUGUGAUAAUAGUUUCGGCGGCAAUUAUGUUUAAGCCACUUGUUUGUAAGCUUGUGAGUAAUGCAAUCUCCUGGAGAAAUUACGAAAUGUAUUUAUAUCAUGUUACAAUGAUCUGGAAUAGAAAAUAAUACACAUAACGUGAUUAUUAUCUGCGAAUUUGUAUGACCUUAUCUUUAAUCAAUUUGUUAUUUUUGUUGUCUUCAGGAAUACAGUUAUUUAUAGUUGUAAAUUUUAUUAUUGUUAGGACGACUCUGUUAUAACACGGCGAUGUGAAUGCAGAGUUAUAAAUAAAACAAAGAUGUCUGAAUUUUGGAAGCUAUAAAUGUAAAUAAUAUAAUAAAAUGAAUUAAAAUGUAUGAAGUAUUUAAUGUACUUAAAAUAAACCAUUUCCGGUA